GGAGGCGUGUCCAGGAGAUGGAGGAGAGUGAGAGGAGAGACUACCUGCAGCGCCUGCAGGAGGAGGAGGAGGAGAGGAGCAGGGUGGAGCAGGAGCGGAGGAGGAGGCAGGAGGAGGCCCUGCUCUGGGCCAAGGAGCAGGCCAGGAUACAGGCCCAACUGCAGGCCAGACAGAGGGCGCUGUUGGAACAGAGGCUGAGCUUCCAGCGAGGCCUGCAGCAGGAGGCUGGUGGGCUGGGGCAGUCUCAGGACAUCUCUCGGCCCUGGGUCUUCUCCUACUUCACCCUGCUGCAGCUGCUGGGCCUCAGUGAUCCUGCGUCCAGCCCAGAGGGACCAGGGGCCGGGCCAGACUCUCCCCAACUCACACCAACAUAACACGGAUCCAGCGGAAGGCUUACACACAUACAUGGCCAGUUUCCCAUAUAUGGAUAUUAAGCCUAGUCCUAAAACAUUUUAUUUUCAGUUCAUUGAAGUUUUCAUUCAGUGUAGGACUAAGCUUAAUUCCUGUACGGAAAACCAGCCCUUGAAGACAUUUUAACCCAAAGUCACUUAAGUAUACAAGUAUAAUCUAUUUUGUAGGUAAAUCUAGGUGUUUUUUUGAUGACAUUGAUAUUUUUGGCACUUUGUUUAAUUUAUAGAGCAUAACAAUACAUUUACCUGUAAGUCUAUUUAAUUGUUGCACAAGUCACAAAGUAAUCAUUAUAUUAAUCUGGUUACAUGUUCCUGAAGUAAAACUCUGUAGAGGUCCAGUUGAAGGCACACCACUGAAACUUAACAAGGUAGAGCUCUUGACUAUCUAUUUAUAUGGAGACGAACCAAGCUACACCAAUUUAGUCUAGUUUAAUACACCCACAGGGUUCAAAGAGAGAUGUUUUAUACGCUAGAAACAUACCAGUAAGCUUGCCAGUACAGGAGAAAUGGACUACAAAUGCAGUGUAUAAAAGAGCAGAACAAGAGAUGAGAUGUCACCUUCCUUUGAAGACGAACACCCUUUUCUGUCGUCGAACUGAUGACCUUGGUGGUUUAGCACUAAGGCUGGACUACACGCAUAUCGCAUGUGUUCACAUCUGUCCUCAUGUAGUGUUUUGCAGUUACGAGUUGGCUGUAGUAGGCCUACUCACCUGAACAGGAGUUCAUUAAGUAAGUAUUCUAUUGAGUCAUCAUACAGUAUUCAGUAUAUAAACCAUACGAGUUUCGUGCCAAUAAUGCAUGUAUGUAUUUGUUUCUGAAUAAACUCUAUAAAGGGCUGUUUUGAUGGCCGUAGAAAAAG